GGCCGUUGUUCCAGGGAGAACUGUAAGUACCUCCAUCCUCCUGGCCACCUGAAGACCCAGCUGGAGAUCAACGGUAGGAACAAUCUGAUCCAACAGAAGAACAUGGCCAUGCUGGCCCAGCAGAUGCAGCUCGCCAACGCCAUGAUGCCCGGCACACAGCUUCAGCCUAUGGUGAGACAACACACACUCAUGUACAGUACAUGUAUGUCUUACACACACACACACACACACACACACACACACACACACGUGAGUGGAGUAGAAUAGAACUGAACUGUGACUGAAUGGCAGGACCUGAAACACGUCUUCAUUUUCUUCAACCUUUACCAAUCCAGGUUAAUCUCUAUGACCUGGUCCAAGACAGCAACAGGUUCAGCUUACAUCAUCAGGUAAUUAUCUGGCAGCACCGCAUUGCAUGACAACACUUACUGUCGGGUGCGUCUUAAAUGACACCCUAUUCCCUAUAUAGUGCACUACUUCUGAGCAUUCAGAGCCCUUAAGCAAUGCACUAUAUAGGGAAUAGGGUGUCAGGUAAGAUAAGCCACAUAACGUUGAACACUGUACAUUUAAUAUUUUACCUACCAGGAAGUAUAACUUCUCACCUUUGACCCUUGUCUCUCUCUGCCCCCCUCCCCCUCCAGCAGCCUAUGUUCUCCAUGGCGCCAGGCCUGGCCACCAAUGCCAGCGCAGCGGCCUUUAACCCGUACCUGAGCCCGGUGUCACCCGGCCUGAUGCAGCAAGAGAUCAUGCCCAGCCCUCAGGUCCUCAUGGCGGGCCACCCCAACCAUGGACAGGUCCCCAACGCUGCAGCCACAGCUGCACAGAAACUCAUGAGGACAGACAGACUGGAGGUGAGAGAUACAGAUGGACGGCCAGACAGACAGACACACACGCGCACACCCUGCUCCAGCAGCCACAGCAGCACAGAAACCCUGUACUGACCCAAGAACACAACAUGCUGUGUUAACAUAAAGCCGCUGCCCUCUGCCGCCGUCUGCUGCCCUACAAAUGCUGCCCUCUGCUGCCCUCUGCCACCCUCUGCUGCCCUACAAAUGCUGCCCUCUGCUGCCCUCUGCCACCCUCUGCUGCCCUACAAAUGCUGCCCUCUGCUGCCCUCUGCUGCCCUCUGCUGCCCUACAAAUGCUGCCCUCUGCUGCCCUCUGCUGCCCUCUGCUACCCUCUGCUGCCCUACAAAUGCUGCCCUCUGCUGCCCUCUGCUGCCCUACAAAUGCUGCCCUCUGCUGCCCUCUGCUGCCCUCUGCUACCCUCUGCUGCCAUACAAAUACUGCCCUCUGCUGCCCUACAAAUGCCAUGUCCAACACACAAUGACCCUGCUCAAUAACUGCUCAACGUCUGCUCAACGUCUGCUCAACGUCUGCUCUGUGCAUGUCUGUGUAACUGAGUUUGACACCCCUGGUUUAUGGCAACUGAUAUGUCAUGAUUAUGACAGUGUUAUGUAGCACUUGUGACAGAAGGUUAAAGUAAAGUGGAACUGAGUGUAUUGAAUGAUCCAUUAUGUUCAUACCUCUCUCCCCUCACCAGGUGUGUCGUGAGUACCAGCGGGGUAACUGCUCCCGGGGGGAGAACGACUGUCGCUUCUCCCACCCCUCCGACAGCACCAUGAUAGACACCAACGACAACACAGUCACUGUGUGUAUGGACUACAUCAAGGGCCGCUGCUCCAGGGAGAAGUGCAAGUAUUUCCACCCUCCAGCCCACCUGCAGGCCAAGAUCAAGGCCGCCCAACACCAGGUCAACCAGGCCACCGCCGCUGCAGCCAUGGUAAGUCAUCUGCCAUCUUGGAUCCUCUCGGUAACAGUCGCAUAGUGGGAAGUAGGAAAACACACUCAGUAGGAUGAAGCUGCCCCUAGACACGGAUCUAAGGCCAGUUUGGUGUUUUGUCAUCCUAGUGGUUAUGGUUAGGAUUGGGGAGGGUAAGCUGAUCCUAGAUCUGUGUCUGCGGGUAACUUCUCUAUUAUACUAUAUGUCCCUUCUGGCUGGUGGCAUUAACUGAUAAAAUAACAGAAGUUUACCUGGACUGACUGAUUGUAUCUGUAACUACAUCUUCUGUCUCCAGUGGGUGCUUCCCCUACACAGCUUCCUGUUGAUAUUCAAUGUAUUCAGUGUGCUUAUCUGACUGCAGGCCAACUCUAAUAUAACAAUGGUCCUUCCUCUCUAGCUAAACUAGCACUGUUACACUUGUGUCUUGUUCUUAGUAUUUGCCAUGCUUUGUUUGUAUGAAGAACAAUAACAAACGUUGUGGUGUAUAAUCAUUGUAUUGUGACAAUGACUAUGAUGUGUAACAGUGAAAGAGUGUAUUGCUAUUUUAUCAUUUAAUGACCCCACGGGUCACACUUUAAACAAACUGUAGCUCAUUUUGCUUAAUAAAGGCUUCAUAAAGGCUUCAUAAACCCUUUAAAAAUGUAAAUGUAAAUCUAAGGCCUACAUAGAUGCUUUAUAAUAAUUUAUAAGCAAACGUCACACUAUAAAGGUGAUAUAACAGGUCCUUACAUCUGAUGUGGUAUAAAUCCAAUACUACCCUUCAUAAAGUAUGACAUUUGCUCAUAAAUGCUUUGUGCCAUUUUUGUAGGCCUUAAAAAGGGUUUUAUGAAGGCAUCAUCAGUCGUAGUUUGGUUAAAGUGUGACCAUAUCACUCAAUGCCCGUGUUUUUAAAAAAAAAAGGGUUUUUUCCCCAAAGGCCCUUUUUAAAAAAGGGCCCUUUAAAAAAAACCCCCCCAAAAAUUUGGGGGGGUUUUUUUUUUAAAACAACCAAACAAAAUUUGGGUUUUUUUUUGGUUUAAAGGGGAAUAAAAAAAAAAGAAAAGGGGGGUUUUUAAAUUUUUGGCCGGGAAAAAAAACAUUUGGGGAAAUUUGGGUUUAAAAGGUUCCUUUUAAAUUUAAAUUUUUUGGGUUGUAAAUUUUUAAAAAAAAAAUUUUCCCCCUUUUAUUUAUCCCCCCUUUGGUUUGGUGGGUUCCCAAGCCCUUUUUUUAAAUUUUUUUUUUUGUUUUUUUAACCAAUUUUAAAAGGCCCCUCUUUGUUGGUUUUUUGGCAAAUUUUUUUUUUUGGGCCCCCUGUUUUUUUAAAGAUUUUGGGUUUAAAAAGUAAAGUGAAAGGGGUUUGAAAAUUUUCCGGGUCCCACUUUCCCCUUUGUGUUUUUGUUUUUUAAAUUUUUUUUUUUCCCCAAAAAAUUUUAAAUUUUUGGCCCCAAACCUUUUUUUUUUUUUUAAAAAACCCCCCCAAAAUCUGGGGUUUUCCCCUUUUAAACCCUUUGGCCCCAUCCAAAAGGCCCUUGCAUUUUUAUUAAAAAGUUUUAACUACCCCCUUUUUUUUUAAAAAAAUUUGGGGCCUUUUUAAGGGAAAUUUUCUUAACUUUUUAAAAAUUUUUUUGGGGAAAGGGAGAAAAAAAAAAAGGGGGGGAAAAAAAGGGGGGCGGGGUUUUUUUUUCCCCCCCCAAAAAAAGGGUUAUCCCCUUUUUUUUUGGGUUUUUUUUAAAAACCCCCGGCCCCCCCCCCGGGGGGGGAAUUUUGAAAAAAGGCCCCCUUUUGGGUUUUUUAAAAAUAAAGGCGGGGAAGGGGGGGGCCCCCCUUUUUCCCGGCUAUUUUUUUUGGGGGUUUUUUGGCCCCUCCCCUUUUAAAAAUCUAAAGUUCGGUCUCCCCCCCCCCCCCCAAAAAAUUUUUUUUAAAAAAUUUUUUUUAAAAACCCCCAAGGAAACCCAUGGGGGAAAAAAAGGGGGGAAAACCUAAAUUUGGGGGGGGCAAAAAAGGGGGAAAAAAAAAGGGGAAAGGGGAAAGGGGAGGGGGGGGGGGAAAAAAAAAGGGGGGGGGGGGAGGGGGAAGGUAAGAAAGGGGGGAAAAAGGGGGGUUUUAAACGGGGAAGGAAAGGGGGGGUUUUUGGGGGGGGGGGAAAAUUUUGGGGGGCCCCUUGGUUUCUUUUUUAAAAUAAAAAAGGGGAAAAAAAACCCCCCCCAAAAAAAAAAAAAAAAAAGAAUUUUUGGGAAAAAAAUUUUUUUUCUCUUCUCUCUUUUUUUUCCCCUCUUUUUUUUUUUUUUCUUUUUCCCUUUCCCCCCACCUUUCUCUCUUUUUUUCUUUCUCUUUUCCUUUCCCCCAAAAAACCCCCCCCCCCCCCCCUUUUUUCCCUUUUUUUUUUCCCCCCCCCCUUUUUUCCCCCCCCCCCCCGGGGGCCCCCCCGUUUUCCCCUUUUUCCCCCCAAAAAUUUUUUUUUCCCCUUUUUUGGGAAAAAACCCCCUUUUUUCACCCCAAACCCCCCCCUUUUUUGGGGGGGCCCCCCCCCCGGGCGGGGCCCCCGGGGCCCGGGGGGGGCCCCCCCCCCCCAAAGCUUUCCAAAAAAAAUUUUUUUUUUUUUGGGGGGCUAAAACCAUUUAAAUUUUUUUUUAAAAAAAACCCCCAAAACCCCCCUUUUUGGGGGGGGGAAAAACCCCCCCCAAAAACCCCCCCCCAAAAAAAAUUAAAAAAUUUUCCCCCCCCUUUAUUUUUUCUUUUUUCCCCGCCUUUGAAACCCCCCCCUUUUUGGUUUCUUUUUUUUUUUGCCCUUUCUUUUUUUCUCUCCUUUUUUUUUUUUUUUGGGUUUUUUUUUUCCUUUUUAUUUUUUCUCUGUUGGUUCUUUUCUUUUUUUAUUUUUUAAUGUUUUGUUUUUCUUGGUUUUUUUUUUUUUUCCCCCCCCCCUUUUCUUGUUUCUCUUUCUCUUUUUUCCUUUUUAUUUAGGGUUUUCUUCCCUAUAAAAUCUUUUUUUUUUUUUUUCCCCCCUUUCGACUUGGUUUUUUCCCUUUUUCUUCUUCCCUCUUUUUUUUUUUUUUCCUCUCUUCUUUGAUUAUUUUUUUUUUUGUUUUUUUUUAUUUUCUUUUUUUUUUUUUAUUUCUUUUUACCUUUUUUUGGGUUUUUUUGUUUAUUUUCCUUUUCUUUUUUCUUCUUUUCUUCUUUUUUUUUUUCUGCCCUUUUUUUUUUUUUUUUUUUCUUUUUUAUCUUUUUUUCUUGUUUUCUUUUUCUUCUUUUUUCAUUUGAAAAAAAAAAAAAAAAGGGGGGGGGUUUUAAAAGGGCCGGUUUUUUUUUGGGGGGGGGGGGGGUUUUUUUCUGUUUAUUUAAACUUUUUUUUUAAAGGGGUAAACUUUUUUUAUUAGGUUUACCUUUUUUUUUUAGAGUUUUGGGGUUUCCGGUUGAGGUUGGUUUUUUUGUUGUGUCUUGUUUUUUAAUUAAACCUUAAAUUUUUUUUUUUUUUUUUUUUCCCCCCCUUCCUCCCCCCAACCCCCCCGGGGGGGGGGGGGAAAGGGAAAAAAAAAAAAAAAAAAAGGGGGGGGGAAAAAAAGGGGGGCGGGGGGGAAAAAAGGGGGAAAAAAAGAAGGGAAAGAGGGAGGGGAGGGGGGGGGCCCCCCGAGAGGGGGGGGGCCGGGGGGGGGAAAAAAAGGGGGGGGGAGGGGGGAAAAAAAAAAAGGGGGGGGGGGGGGAAAAAAAAAAAAAAAAAAAAAAUUUUUUUUCCCUCCUCUUUUAUUCUCCAAUUUCAACCCCUCCCCCCCCCCCCCCCCUUUCCCCUUUCCUCCCCCCCCCCGGGGUGGGGGGCCCCCAAAACCCCCCCCAUGCCAAGGGGCCCCCCCGGGGAAAGAAGGGUUCCCGUUUCCAAAAAGGCAUCCCCCCCAGUACCAAAACCCAGCCAAACAUGCGUUUCAGGGGCCCUUUCCCCCCCCGGUAGGCUCCCAUGGGCCCGGCGUUAUUGGUCUCUUUCAACGUAGAAAAUAGAGCGAGUAGACCUUUUUGGCAUUCAAGCACAAAAUUUAAAAAAAAAAUAGUUCUAUUAGAGCCAAAUAAGGGGGCAUUGGGCCCGUAAAGAACCUUUUUCAAUCUCAAAGGUUCUACAAAAACCUUUUGAAGAACAAUACAGGGUAAUAUUAGAUCAAUGGGGAAAGAUACCCCUCGUUGCCCCAAAAAAAAGCUUUGUGAGCAAACCACCCCAAAAUAUUUUAAAUGACUGCUCCCCUACCUUUUAAUUUUCACUAAAAAAAACCAUGAAGGGCUCAAAUGGUUCUUGAGUAUUUGGUUCCACAUAGAACCCUCACCCUUCCCCCAAAAACCAUUGAGGAAAACCCCCUUUUCAGUGUGAGCCAGAGUCAGCAUCAGUUAAAAAAGUGAAGGGAAAAAGUCAAAAAAAUGUUAAAACAAUGUUAAAGGGGUCCACGUGUGUCAUUUGGGCAGGUGUUCGGGUCUCCGGUGCUUUGGUUUGGGGGGUAUGGGAGGGGGUGGGGGGGAGGGGGGGGAAGGGGGGGGAGGGGGGGGAGACGGGGUGGGGGGGGGGGAGGGGGGAGGGAGGGGGGGGAAAAGGGGGGGGGAAAAUGGAGGCGGGGGGGGAAGGGGGGGGAGGGGGAAAGGGGGGGGGGUGUGGGGGGGGGGAGAAGGUUGGGGAAGUGGGGGGUGGAGAUGUGUGUGAAGUGGGGGUGGGACUGUGGUGAAAGGGCGGGGGUGGAGACCCUUUUGUGUGGAAUGUGAUAAAGGGGGACUGUCUGGGAAGUGGGCUGGGGGGGGCUGUGUGGAAAAGUGGUCGGUGGAGAAGGGCAUAGGGAAGUUUGGGUUGUUCUUUCUGACCUAAUGCUUUUGUUUGGCAACAUAUGAGUUGCUACCCUAUUAUAAGAUUCCUUCUUCCAUUUAAAAAUUAAAGUCUUCUUCCCUUUUAAUACGAUAGGGCCUGCUACCAUUUAUACUGUGGUCCGCUUCCAUAUAAAAAAUAGUCCUGGCCCAUAUUAAAAUUUCCCGUUCCCCAUUAAAACAACCCCAUUAAUUGUAUGCUCCCAUAUUAAUAUAUAGUCCGCCUUCCCUUUAAUACUUGUCCCGCUUUCCCUAUUAAAAACUAAACCGCUUUUAAAAAAAUUUUUCCGUUCCCUAUUAAAAUAUAUGUCCCUAAUUGUCCUGCUUCAUAUUAUAAUAUAUGGUCCUGCUUUCCAUAUUAAUAACAUAUGCCUGCUUCCAUAUUAAUACGAUAUGUCCUGCUUCCAUAUUAAUACUAUAUGUCCUGCUUCCAUAUUAAUACUAUAUGUCCUUCUUCCAUAUUAAUACUAUAUGUCCUGCUUUCAUAUUAAUACUAUAUGUCCUGCUUCCAUAUUGAGCUGCUUCCCGUUUUCGUUUCUGUCUUGAGCGUGUGUGUAUGUGAUGUGUCACUAUUAUGAUUAGGACUAUUAAAUGAUUGUUGAUUGCUACUACUAUUAUUAUCACAGUUGAUUGCACGUUAAUAUCCAUGACACCUCAGACAAAAGUGCCUGAUCUGAUCUGUAUAGACUCUCAGCCUAAUUCUCCUGAUCGCCUAGUUUGGUCUAGAUUGGUCAGCUCCAGGGUUGGGGUCAAUUACAUUCAAAUUCCAGUCAAUUCAGAAAGUAAAUCCAAUUCCAAUUCCACAUUUUCCUCAGUAUUUCUACUGCUGGCCACUGACUGUGUUACUGAAUGCUGUCCAGUUCAUUAAUUAAUGUUAUUCUCCUGAUCUCUUCCUUCACUCUAAUGAAACUUGUGAUGGGCUAUUUUGAUUUCUCUCCCCCCUUUUCCAAUCCACUUCCUGUUGCACACUUCCUGUUGCACUGCAUGAUGGGCAUUUGGGCAGGCUCAAUAUUCUGCAUGACCCCCACCGCCGGUGUUGGUAGGUUCCAGCAUUCCUUCUCCACCAAUUAGCUUUCAGCCUCGCCAGUGACUCGCACGCCAUCAAAAUCUAACUAACCAUCACACAGCUAAAAGGUGGCACCUUGGCUUUCUGAAGCGAACCCAGAUAGUUUUCUAGCAUGACUCCCAAUCUGUUUGUGCUGUCUAGUCAAUGAUUAUUGAUUAAUCAAGACAGCACAAACAGAUCUGGUAUCUAGCUAAUAGUUUAAUAAAUAAUGAUUAAUCAAUAAUCAUUAGUAUGAUCAUAUCAACAUGUAGUUGGAUCUGCCUUUGCUUUGACACAUUUGAACCCUGUAUAAAGCCUUUGACACAUUUGAACCCUGUAUAAAGCCUUUGAUACAUUUGAACCCUAUAGCCUUAGACUUCAUCAGUUCACAAAUUAUCUCAUCAUGGGUGUUGGUGACUUGGGAGUCACAGGGUUGGUUGUGGCAUAUAACUGAAUCAUUUGCACAUUUCAUUUGUUAAUGAUACUGUAUUUAGUCAUAUCUCUACAUUUAAAUACUGGAGAUAUGUUUUAAUGGAGGUUUUAUUCUGUUUCGGGUGUACUACCAAACAUGUUACUGUAAAUCCACCUUGGACCCUAAGCUGUGAUUGCUUGACCCUUGGCCCUUCUCUGCCCUCUCUGUUGACAACCUCAGCAUUUGGCUGGUAUAACCUCAUUAUGCCAUCCGCAGAUGUACCACUCUGAAACCCCUAUACAUUUUACACCCAUGGCUGCAUUCCAAUCAGAUAUCUCACUCCCUUCUCUUCUCCCUCAUGUACUUUUCCUCUUCAGAUCAGAUUGAUUGGUCAGAAAGGACUGGAAGUGUUCAGGCAAUAUAGUAACUGCCUCCCCUAACCUUCUUAUAGUGUUGUCGUUUUCCUAUUGCUUACACCUAUCCAAUCCUCUCAGAGGGAAAGGGAGUGAGUUAUAGAAUUGGAAUGCGCCCCCCCCCCCCCCCCCCCCCACACCACCUGUCCUUCACAUUUAUUUGCCUGGUGGCCAAUUGGCCACACUCCACCCCUCUGUGUGUUGUUGCUUAUAUGAUUUUCCCUUCUGACAAAAGUACCAAUGAUGCACGGUGGUACGCCAGCAUCUGCAGCCACCACAUCUGCCACAAGCGUUCCCUUCGCAACCGCCUCAGCCAAUCAGGUUUGCUCCUCUACUCUCUCUCUCUCUCUCUCUCUCUCUCUCUCUCCUCUCUCUCUCCUCUCUCUCUCUCUCUCUUUCUCUCUCUCUCUCUCUCUGGUUGUUAGAAAAGUACAUCUUUCAUGUUAAUGGUGAACUUUUAAUGUACUUAUUAAAUACAAGUUAAAGAUAUUAUUAACUUGUCAUUCUGGGGAGACAUUUACUGUAUGUCGUUAUAAUGUCUGACAUCGUUUUAACCUCGAUUUUUGUCCUUUCUCAUUUUGAGGACUCUUCCUUAUCAAAGUUGACUACCAAUGAGUACAUGCAAUUGGUAUGUAUGAAGAAGUUUUCCUUAUUUUUCGCACAGCAGGUGCUGGCAGCAGUUGCUAUCUGUGCCAUUUGGCGCUUGGGUUAUGUUCUCCUGCUGCUGCGUACGUAG